UUUACGGUAGUGGACAGCCCUCGAAUUGGGAUCACAGGCAGCAGAGUGCCAACCAUGUUGUUAAGGUGACACCACCUUCGGGAUCCUCGCAUGCAGGAAGGUGGCAGCCUCAGCAACAUUCGACCAUGAUGAGCGGCAGCGAGGUGAGCUCGGCCUACUCGGGGCCGCACAUGCCGCCCCUGCCGCCACCCUCCCCCAUCGUUGCCCUUGGAUUCAACCAAAGCACCUUCAGCUACGAGGAGCUUGCAGCUGCAACUGACGGCUUCUCGCAUGCUAAUCUGCUAGGACAGGGAGGAUUUGGGUACGUGCACAAGGGGGUUCUCCCAAACGGGAAGGAGAUCGCGGUGAAACAGCUCAAGUCGGGGAGUGGGCAAGGGGAGAGGGAAUUCCAGGCUGAGGUCGACAUCAUCAGCCACAUCCACCACCGCCACCUGGUGUCCCUCGUCGGGUACUGCAUUGCUGGUGCGCAGAGGAUGUUGGUGUACGAGUUCGUCCCCAACAACAGUCUCGAACACCACCUCCAUGGCAAAGGGCUCCCGGUAAUGGACUGGUCGAUGAGGCUAAAAAUUGCACUGGGAUCAGCCAGAGGCAUUGCCUACUUGCAUGAGGACUGCAACCCUCGGAUCAUUCACCGCGAUAUCAAGUCUGCCAACAUUCUUCUGGACUUAAACUUUGAGGCCAUGGUUGCGGAUUUUGGGUUGGCGAAGCUGUCGUCGGACAAUUACACUCAUGUCUCCACCCGUGUCAUGGGAACCUUCGGGUAUUUGGCUCCGGAGUACGCAUCCAGCGGGAAGCUCACAGAGAAAUCCGACGUCUUCUCAUAUGGAGUGAUGCUUCUGGAGCUGAUAACCGGACGACGACCGGCCGAUACCACGCAUGCACUCUCGGAGGAUUGCUUGGUGGACUGGGCGAGGCAUGCUCUCUCUCGCGCCUUGGCUGACGGAGACUACGACGAGUUAGCCGACCCGCGCUUGGAUGGCAACUACGACCCGGCGGAGAUGGCGCGCAUGGUGGCGGCCGCUGCUGCCAGCAUUCGCCAUUCCGCAAGGAGACGACCCAAGAUGAGCCAGAUCGUGAGAGCAUUAGAAGGCGACGUCUCGCUCGAGGACUUGAAUGAGGGAAUGACGCCAGGGCAUAGCAUGCUCUUCAGCUCAGGCUCAGAGUACGACUCAAGCUCGUACACCCCGAACACCAGACGCGUGAGGAAGGUCGUGAUCGCCAGCCCCGAAUACAGCGGACAGAUCACGGGGCACGAGCGCGGCCAUUCUGCAUCCAGCAGCGAAGGAGGUCGCUCCGGUGAGCUGAGAUCUCAUCCCCCGCCCUGACGAGGCACUUAUGCGUCGAACGCAUUCCAAUGGAGGACGAUGCUUUGCCAAGCCCGCAGUUUGAGACGGGCAGGGUGUUCGUCGGGGCUUUGUUGCUUCUGAUAAGCGAGGGUCUUUUCUUGUUUAUGUAGAGAACGUGUUUAGAGAAGAAGGAUCGGAGGAUGUUGUACUAC